CGCGAGGAAAAUUGGUGCGAUUGGGAAGAAAUCGACGGACCCUUUUCCAGCAGGAGCAAAAAAACGGACCGGAGUUUGAGCACCGCCGAAACGGCAACCCUGACGAUCCCCAAAGUAUCGAAGUGUCAUGCAUAGAACAAUGAAAUCGACGAAAUUGUCGCACAAUCAGGCGUAAGACGAAAACGACGUUGCCCCGUUUAGAGAUAAGACGGUGUUUGGUGUGUGGGGCAUCGAUUCUCGGCUAUUGUCUGGCGUCUGCGGACCGCCAAAUUUUUAUUUAUCAUCACUUUUUGUCGUCAUCGUUGGCGUCUGUAAAGUGAAAUUCUCUACCAAGAUUAAGUUUUGUCGAGCAGACGGCAGCUGUCGUUUCCACACCGUCGCAUAAAGUGUUUGGUCUAUCGCCUUUUCCUAGACUACUGAUUUUUCAAAUCGUUUAUACUGAUUUAUUCACCAUGGAACAGUAUAUUGUAAGCAGUAAUAGUGCAUUAGAACUUAAACUCGUCCGCAAACCUAGUGAUAUCCAUGAUCCUAAAGCAGCAUUUUAUCCAGACAUGACUUAUCAAGUAUUUGGAAAUAUGGAAAAAAUAUUUGGUUACAAAGACCUUGUUGUAAAAAUGUAUUACACCGCUUGUAGCCUUAAACUGUAUAUUAAUAUAAGCUUUUCUUCUAAAGUGGAUUCCGAGAAAUUUGGUAUGAAUCCGGACAAUAUAAUGGAGAAACUUAAAGAUUAUAUUACUCCUAAUUUCUAUUCAAAUAUUGAUGUAUUUGAAAAGUGUUUAGAAGAUGAGCCGUCAUUUAAGCCCUAUGGAAAUCAACUCGAUCAAUUUAUUUUAAACCAAAAUGAAGAAAACAAAAAAUUUGAAGUCUAUGUAAUUGAAGACGAGAACACUGAGUUUAAAGAAUAUUUUAGUCAACUACAAACAUUUGUUCUAUGGUAUAUAGAUUCAUCAAAUAUAAUUGAUUUUGAUGAUUCUAAAUGGAAGAUAUUCAUCAUGUAUGAAGUUUUUAAAAAUGAAAAUGGUGAUUCGUGUUAUACACCAGUGGGAUAUUCAACAAUCUAUGAAUACUAUGCUUACCCUGAUAAAAUCCGGCCUAGAAUUAGUCAAAUGUUAAUUCUACCACCAUUUCAGAGGAAAGGAUUGUGCGCUAAACUCUUGAAUUCUGUUUACAAACACUAUGCCACUAAAUCAGAUGUUAUUGAUAUUACAGUUGAAAGUCCAAACGAUGAAUUUCAACUUGUUCGAGAUUUUGUGGAUGUUACUAAUUUUCAUAAUCUGAAAACAUUUGAAGAAGAAAAAUUGAAAAAACUGCAUUAUCAAGAAAUGGUUAAAGAAUUUAAAAAUCUUUACAAAAUCAACCAGAAACAAGUUCGUCGCGUAAUAGAAAUUAUACUACUAAAAAUUACCAAUCGGCAGAAUAAAGAUGAAUAUGAAAAAUAUAAGAAAUUUGUAAAAACAAGGUUGAAUUGGCCAUUUCAAAAAAAACCUACCAAACUUAUGUUGGCUAUGCCAGCCGAAGAAGUUGAAAAAAUCCAAAAAGCUGAUUCAAUUGUAAAACUAGAAGAUUUAGAUAUUGAGUAUAAUGAAUUAGAACCAUCAUAUGAUAAAGUAAUCAAGCGGUUAGAAGUUAGCCUUUCUGUAUAGUUAAGCGCCAUAAAUAUCCGGUUUCUUACUUGUUCUAUGAUAAAUAAUUUUAUUUCAAUUUUUCUACAUUUAUUUUAAUUAUUUUUAACUUAUAUAAAUGAUUUCAAAUCAUGUUCCUUUUUUUAUUAAAGUAAUUAAGUCUUAAAAUAAAUGAAUAUUAUAAUAAACUUAAUUAAGUAUUUUUAAUAUUAUCAUUCAAUUUUAAUAUUAUACAAUUUAUAACUCUGAAGUAAUAAAUAAUAUGUGAAUUGUUUUAGGUUUUUAUUUUGUAUUAUAAACUUGACGUUGAAACAAUUGAUUCGAUUUUAUAGUAUCAAAUAAAACCAAAAUUAAUAUUCAAUUUUCCAAAAAGA